CGUGACCUAUUACGUCACGGUCACCGACCGCCCCUUUUACUCUAAAAUGGCGUCCAAGAAAUUGAAAGAGAAAGAAGAGCCCCGGGCUGAUAGUUACCGGUUCGCGGUGACUGAUGGCGACGAUGAGAAUGCCUCCGGUAAGAAGAAGAAGGGGAAGAAGCAGAAGAAGAAGCAGGAGUUGGAUGAACUCAAGCAGGAACUCGAGAUGGAUGACCACAAAAUUCCCAUCGAAGAAUUAUACGAUGUCUUAGGCACCGAUCCCAAUCUUGGUUUAACACCAGAUAAGGCAAAAGAAGUCUUUGCACGCGAUGGUCCAAAUUGUUUGACACCUCCAAAGACGACACCAGAGUGGGUGAAAUUCUGCAAACAGCUAUUCGGCGGCUUUAGUUUACUUCUGUGGAUAGGAGCAAUUCUCUGUUUCAUUGCAUAUUCUAUACAAGCCUCAACUUAUGAUGAACCACCUGGCGAUAAUCUGUAUCUCGGAAUUGUCCUGGCAGUUGUCGUAAUGGUGACAGGCUGCUUUGCCUACUACCAAGAAUCAAAAAGCUCCAAGAUUAUGGAAUCGUUUGCCAAAAUGGUUCCUCAGUUCGCCCUGGUCGUCAGGAAUGGUGAGAAAUUGAACGUCCAGGCUGAAGAGCUCGUCGUUGGUGACAUCAUCGACGUCAAGUUUGGUGACCUGGUUCCCGCGGAUAUUCGUGUUAUAUCGGCGCAUGGAUUCAAGGUGGACAACAGCUCCCUGACUGGAGAAUCUGAGCCCCAAUCCAGGACCCCCGACUUUACGAACGACAACCCAUUGGAAACAAGGAACUUGGCUUUCUUCUCGACAAAUGCUGUCGAAGGUACCUGCCGUGGCAUCGUCAUCAGCACAGGUGACAGGACCGUCAUGGGACGUAUCGCCAACUUGGCCUCCGGACUUGAGAUGGGCGAGACCCCAAUUGCCCGCGAGAUUGCCCAUUUCAUCCAUCUGAUCACUGCUGUGGCCGUGUUCCUCGGAGUCAGCUUCUUCGUCAUCGCCUUCAUCCUUGGGUACUACUGGCUCGACGCGGUCAUCUUCCUGAUCGGUAUCAUUGUGGCCAAUGUGCCUGAAGGUCUCCUCGCCACUGUAACGGUAUGCCUGACUCUGACUGCCAAGCGUAUGGCCUCCAAGAACUGCCUCGUCAAGAACUUGGAAGCAGUUGAGACGCUCGGAUCGACCUCGACCAUCUGCUCGGACAAGACUGGUACCCUGACCCAGAACAGGAUGACCGUCGCCCACAUGUGGUUUGACAACAGGAUCGUGGAAGCUGACACCAGCGAUGACCAGAGCAAUGCUUCAUACAGUCGAAAGGACUCGACCUGGCUGGCCUUGGCCCGCGUUGGUAUGUUGUGUAACCGUGCCGAGUUCAAGACUGGUCAAGAAGAGGUGCCAGUUCUGAAGAGGGAAUGCAACGGUGACGCGUCUGAAUCUGCCCUCUUGAAGUGCGUUGAGCUGUCCAUGGGAAAAGUCAUCGAAUACAGGAUUCAGAACAAGAAAGUCUGUGAGAUUCCCUUCAACUCGACCAACAAAUACCAGGUUUCAAUCCAUGAAUACACCGACGAUAAGGGAGAUGUUUCCAACGUCCUCGUCAUGAAAGGCGCUCCUGAGCGAAUCCUUGAUCGCUGCGCGACAAUCUUGAAUAACGGACGUGAGGAGCCAAUGAACGAGAAGUGGAGAGAUGCAUUCGAGAGUGCGUACCUCGAGCUCGGAGGCCUGGGAGAGCGUGUCCUCGGUUUCUGCGACUUCCCACUGGACACCAAACAGUUCCCGAUCGGCUAUCCGUUCGAUUCUGAGGAUCCAAACUUCCCCUUGACUGGCCUCCGAUUCGUCGGCUUGAUGUCCAUGAUCGAUCCCCCUCGUGCCGCUGUGCCAGACGCCGUCGGAAAGUGCCGAAGUGCCGGUAUCAAGGUCAUCAUGGUGACUGGUGAUCAUCCCAUCACGGCAAAGGCUAUUGCUAAGGGUGUCGGUAUCAUCUCCGAGGGUAACAAGACUGUUGAAGAUAUUGCUUCUGAGCUGAACAUCCCUGUUGCGGAGGUCAACCCACGAGAUGCCCACGCCUGCGUUGUCCACGGUUCUGACCUGAGGGACAUGACCCCAGCCCAGAUCGAUGAAAUCUUGAAGAACCACGACGAGAUCGUCUUCGCCCGUACCUCACCACAACAGAAACUCAUCAUCGUUGAAGGUUGCCAGAGACAGGGAGCUAUUGUGGCUGUGACCGGUGAUGGUGUGAAUGACUCCCCUGCUCUGAAGAAGGCUGAUAUUGGUGUCGCCAUGGGUAUCGCCGGUAGUGAUGUCAGCAAACAAGCCGCCGACAUGAUCCUCUUGGACGACAACUUUGCCUCCAUCGUCACCGGCGUCGAGGAAGGCCGUCUCAUCUUCGACAACUUGAAGAAGUCGAUCGCGUACACUCUGACCAGCAACAUCCCCGAGAUAUCUCCCUUCCUCCUGUUCAUCAUCGCCAACAUUCCUCUACCCCUUGGUACCAUUACCAUUCUCUGUAUUGAUCUCGGAACCGACAUGGUGCCUGCUAUUUCCCUCGCCUACGAAAAGGCCGAGUCGGACAUCAUGAAGCGUAAGCCCCGUGACCCCAUCAAUGACAAGCUCGUCAAUUACCGUCUCAUCAGUAUGGCGUACGGACAGAUCGGUAUGAUCCAGGCCUCCGCUGGGUUCUUCGUCUACAUUGUCAUCUUGGCUGAGAACGGCUUCUGGCCCAUUCGUCUGUUCGGCCUUCGUAAGGAGUGGGAUGCGAAAGGCAUCAACGACUUGGAAGAUUCCUACGGACAGGAAUGGAGUUACUUCCAGCGCAAGACCCUGGAGUACACGUGUCACACGGCUUUCUUCGUGUCCAUCGUGGUCGUGCAGUGGGCCGAUUUGCUGAUCUGCAAGACGCGUCGUAACUCCAUCGUACACCAAGGAUUGAAAAAUCACCACAUGACGUUUGGAUUGUUCUUUGAGACGGCCCUGGCCGCUUUCCUGACCUACUGUCCAGGUCUCGACAAGGGUCUGCGCAUGUACUCGUUGAGAUUCACCUGGUGGUUACCAGCCCUCCCAUUUUCCUUGCUGAUCUUCGUGUAUGACGAAUGCCGAAAAUACAUCCUGCGUCGGUCAAAACCGGGCAGUUGGAUCGAGCUGGAAACAUACUAUUAACGAUCGUUGCAUGUCUAGGCCUUCAAAGAGAAUUUGUGAAACCGUGCAGGGACUAAACUCAUAUGACCAUAUGCAAGCGAGAGACAGGGACACCAGCUGAUGUAAAUGAUAACAGUAGCUAAUUGGGGUUCUGCCCAUACUUGGGUUGCGGCUGAAUAUCAUACUCGGGGGCCAACGUCGACCAAAAAAACCCUGAAAAGGGAAGUUAAUACCAGCUACCUCUUGCUCAAAAUUUUAAAAAUUGUUUCUUUCUUGCAAAAAGAUGAUUCCUGAAAAAGUCUGUUUUGCUCGGUUUUAAACUCAAAAGUUAUGAAUUUUCCUUUGCAUUAAGUUUUCGAAACAUUUUCUGGACGUAAAUUCACUUUGUUAAUCAAAAAGGAUAGUAGAGACUCCAUUGUGGGUAGAACUCUAGCUGCUGUAGGGAUUGUUCGUUUCUGUACAUUUUUACUUGUAAAUAUAAAGGUGUCCUAAAUAUAAUGGUGUCCUUCACUACUGGUUCAGUCCGAGCACAACAGACCUGUGCGUUUGGGCGGCGUUCAUUGGAAUCGAUGCGUGUAAAUCGCAGAUAAAAAACGCUGGAGUUUCAAAAACGUUGUUCAAACCACUGGCACAAAUUUUGGUCGUUGAAAGUCAGCGGCUUACACGGUUUAAUCAAACAACACAGUGAUGUAUAAGGUCGUUACAUAUGAUACGCAAACAGGGGUCUGUAGAUAAUAGUUGACCUGUAGUUUGUCGCAAAUAAUUUGUCUCUCACUUCUCUCGGAAUGUAUUAUAUUUCCUUUUGCACCUUUUAAACGGGGUCCUCGCAAUCUGUCAGCUCGUUUUAUCAAGAACACUUUUUAAUUUUGCCACCAUCGCUUUUAUUUAUAGAAGUUAGUACUGUAUUUGAAAAAGGAGCACGGUUAUAAUUUGAAACCGAAGUACUGUCAUUUAAAAAAGAAGAGCUGCAUUGAGAUACAUGUAGAAUCAAUCGAAAUUGAUAAAAGCACUGCCUGUCUGCUGUUGUGCAUCUGUUCUGUCACCCAUUUCAAUGCAGCAUAAGCUACAAAUACCAUUUAAAGUUACAUUAAAGGAAACCUGGGUCUCUGACAUUUUCUGACCCUGAAAGUAGUGACAUUCUCAAUAAUAGUCGUUUGACUGAAAGCGAGGACCCUAUGUUUAUUUCGUGAUGACAGUGCAUCUUGCACCCCCUGGUAGUGAAGGAUGGUGAUGCAAGCUCAAUGAAUGUGAUACUCAAUAAAUAAUGUCGUACUUCAGUACCUUAUGUCGCGGCGUGGAUGAGAGAGAGAGAGAGCGAGCAAGUGUCAAUACAGGCGGAAUUUCCUAGAGUAGUGGCUGGAAAAUGAAGUGGCGGUUGAGCAGUAUCGGCUAAAAAUUGUGAUAGAUAUCCAGCUCAUGCCAACAUGCAAUGUUGGCUUCAUACAAGAGCUGAAAUGGUCCAGGGAUUGUGUCGUUACUUUUACCCUUCAAUCAUUAUUACACGGUGUUCAAAGGGGUCUUGACGAGCCCAUGUCUUAGCCGGAAUGCAAAUUUAACUGCUUGACAUCAGAAAAUACAGUUAUUGGGGCACGAACGUCUUGGACGCUGUAGGAAAUAAUUUCAAGUUGUAGAAGUUAAUGUUGGACGCUUGAAAUUACCUGAGCCUGUUCUAUUACCUGAAAUUUGCCUGUACACUUGAGGAAUAAACAUUUUAUCUAAUCCCACCUUUCUCUAAAUCUGCACCAAUGCUCGGCAGGAUUGGAGGAGUUUUCAAUGUCGCGUAAAAGAAGAAAUUUUCUUCAUUUGUUGAUAUGAACACUUUGGGUUUAGUUUCGUGGUGUGUCUUUUUGCAAUUUCAGAAUAGUCUUGAAAAGAUUUCUCAGUGCUACUGAAAAUGUUUCUGUGCGUGAACUUUAAAAUUGUGAAAAGCAUUUCCAAAGUUGGUCCUGUUAACAUCGUUCAUGGAUUUGAUGUGAAUUAUUCCGAGGUGGGACGUUGAAAAUCUGCUCCGGUCCUGUUUGAGUCUGUUACAAGAACCGUCUCUUAAACAAUUACAAUGUAUACCUUAAUAACUGUUUUAACAUUGUGUAAAAAGCUUCAUCAGUUAGACGUGUAGUAUUUUUUAAGAUGAUCAAAUAAUGAAUGGUCACUCUGUCAUUGAUAAUUGAUUAAUUAAUAAAAAUUGAUUGAUUAAUUAAAUCUUUGGUUAAUUAAUUGACAUUUUAUCAAUUAUCAAUUAUGGUUAAUUGAUGUAAACUGUAAUUAAUGCAAGAAAAAAUUCUUGUGAAUUUUCAAUUGAUUAAUCAAUUAAAUUUGAUUAAUCAAUUAUGUUAAUCGCUCUACCAAGUUAAUUAAUCAAUUAAAAAGUAGUUAAUUGGUUAAUUCUAGUUAAUCCACUCCAUGAUUAAAUGUGUACAUGAAAAUAUUAUACAACUUGUAAAUCUUAAUCUAUCAUCAUAUCAGGCUUUGCGAGGUUUUUAUUAUUCAAUUGGUUUGAUGUAUUCGUUUAAUUGGAUCAUUUUAUUCCUGUUGUUAAUUCACCUAGAGGACUGGGGGUGUGGCGAAAGAUAAUUUAUGAAUAAACUUAUAAGUUGUAUUAAAAAAAUUUGAUGGGAAUGGGAAAGAUGAAGAAAAAAAUUCACUUUUCCAUGAACGGGUCAUAUAACUAAAAAUUUAAGCCAAAUUAAAAAAAACUGAGCCAUACACUUCUUUUUAACAAAUUUUUUAAUCAAGUACGCUUUUGUGGGAGAAAAGAAUUCGUGAAAUUCUCCUGAAAAUAGAAACAACUUAAUGUUGCGUAAUAGCCGCUAAACGUUUUGAAAUCACUUCCUAGUUCAUUGGGUCUGAAUGGAAUGAAAGGGUUUCUAUUUAAAUUUAGAGUUGCCCUCAGUCCAUCGGAUGUAAAUCAAUGUUAGCUGCACGCAGCAGUUCGCUUCUUCUGUUAGUUCUUGAAGAGUGAGUCGGUUGGAUGAAGACGCAAAACUUGAGUGCGUAGUAUCGUCGAAGUCUUAUGAGAUCAGAUACAGUAGUCAGUAUUAGAGACUUCUGGAUUCAAUAGUGUGCGAUUUUAUCAUUUAGUUCAAUGAAGAUUUUAUCAUUAGACUUGCGUCGCUUUGUCAUUUAUUUUCGUGUAUUGGACUUGUCUUAUCUGAAAUUGGGCAAAACGAUGUCAGCGCUAAAAUCUGCGAGAGUCUGAAAGUCUACUGAUCUUCAGUCCGAAACUUCUAGUGAAGUUUUCUCAGAGGUAAUAUGGACUAUGCGGUUUAAGUGUGGACUCCGUUUUUGCCCAACUGUAGCACCAGGGAUAUAUAUAUAUAUAUCUCCCAAGAAGAUCAAUGAUUUCCUUCCCUUCCAUCCACUGUUUCUUCUGUCAGAGUGGCACAUCGGCACCUGUUGUCUGUGAGGUCCUGGGUUUGAUUACUAGUUGGUCCCAGUAUACUCAUGUGAUAGAGAGGGCCACUCUCUUACGACAGCGUAGGUUUCCUCCUACUGUACAACUUGCCCAAAUAUUGUCUAAAGAGCCAAUAAUGAGCAAACUUUGCUUACAUGCUGGUCGACUCAAUAUUUAUAAAAAUGCUUCUUCUCGAAACCGGCCCGGUUAUUGAGAGCGUUGCAUAUCCUCCAGGCCAAUAAGGCACCAAUGGUAAAGCUGAGAGCAGUUUACCCCAGAAUGAUAGAAGCAUUGAAAAGAUUUCCCAUGCUUGUGCCCAGGUUCAUCAUUGAGCAUUUGAUUGUGGUCACCAGAGCAACCCUCUUCAAGAAAACGCAUUACAAUUCAGAUAUGGCUGAUAUAUCAGGUUACCAGCGAGUGUCGUGACCCUAAAAGGGACAACUUUUCAACGAUCCUGUUUGGAGCAGUGACGGUCCUGUUGGAAGCCAUUUUGCGUGAAAAACAAACUUCUCUCAUGCCCUGCUUGUCCCUUGGACUUUGAAAUGGCACACCUGCUGAAUAAACUUUGGAUGGAAAUGGGCGUGUGUAUGAAUGAAUUGUAGAUAACAUGUGUGGCAACAUUCCAGUAAGUCGUAGCGACACUUAGUUUACCAGCUGUACCUGAAUGAGCUCACGUUUGUGCGACAGAUAUGUGCAUAACUAGAAAUAACACAGAUUUUCCACCUUAUGUACCUCUGUUGCCAUGGUGAUGAACUGUAUCGUUACCAUGGUAACUAUAUGUUAUCAAGGUUGAUUUGAUGAUGUCAUCAUACUUAAGCUGUUGAUAUGUUGCUUUUAUUUGAGGUAGCCCCACUCGACAUAUUCUCAUCAAUUGUAAGAUACACACACAUUGGCAUUAUGAUUACAUGUAUGCAUAUAUUGUACAAUUUUACUUACGUUGGGCUGCGUUUCGGCUUUAGAAGAUCAGAAUCGGCUAUACAAUAUGCACAUCUCCGUAAGGUCUUGUCGAUUUACGUGAGAAAAAUGGGGGAAAAGAUGGUGUCUGAUUCGAUGUAUCCAAAAAGGAUAUUGUUAAACUAUGAUGAAAGUGUUUUAUUUCCCCAAAGUUGGGACUUGUCUGGAUUGCCUGUAGUCUAACCAUUGCCCUAAACCUUUCAUCCUGAAUAAUUUGACACCAGUGUUCAAUAAACUUUUCAUCCCAGAUAAGAAACAGCUAUUUGUCCCCUCUGACAUCUUUGUGUACAUACCACCCACUACAACUAGAGCUUCGAAAACAUCGGACACCAUCCAACGCCAAAUUUCGGGAAAAACCGUUCAGUUUCCUUGGAUGUCUUGAUUUCAUCUGCACCAAAAACUGCCUGUCAGUCUGGUCGAAUGUCACAAAUUAGUUAUCUUAGUUCCACAAUUUGCUAAUAGGUGCCAUGGUAAAUAUCUGGAAGCACUCGCGUGUUAUGUUUAUAGGUUUUAAAAUUUUUUGGUGUUCAGGUUCUGUCGGAUUUUCCCGUUGGCGUAAAUGGCGAAAAAAAAUAUUCAACACCGCAAUAGCGCCGUAGUGAAUUCACCCAAACGUAUAACUUGUGUACUAUUUAGGUUUCUUCUAGACUGUAGGCAGCACCCCCUGGUGGCUAUAAUAUGUACUAUAGUGUGAAUAUCUUGCUGUGGCUUUGUAAACUGAGACUAUUCGGAACAGAAGGUGAUUUAGGAUAGAAUUUCAACCUCCAAGGACUUGGGAUAAUUUCUGGCGACCCGUCGAUUUUUUUCCUGCCAGAAAUGAAAAUUGAUCUCAAAAUUAUCGUGGCGUUUGAAAACAGAUGCACUUUGGAAAAAUACAAUGUGUUGGGACGAUUUAACUCAAAGGGACACGUUCAAAGAAUCAAAAAUAAUUCAUCAUUUUCUUGAAAAUAUUCUGCAAUUUCCCACAAUUCACCUUAGUUUUCAAAUGCUUUUGUAUGCUUUUCUGUUUAGUUCCUGAACUUGUCCUUAGUCCUGGAAGGUUGGCUUUAAUAGGGAUUUUUUGUCUUUUGAGGUACAUCAUAGGACAGAUAGGUAGCCCUUCAGUUAGGUUUAACCCUUCUUUGCCCGUUUGAUCCAAUUAUUAUUUAGAUAAAACAAGACACCAUAUCUGCCACUGUCAAGAAAGCUUCCAAAGGAGGUUACUAUCAACCUCAACAAAAAGCGAGGGAACAUCAAGCAAACGAUUUGCCACUGAUAAUCUAAUUGGUAUUUUGUUGCCUAGCAACCAUAAUGUGAUUGACAGUAUUCGGCAUUCCUUUGUGUAGUAUUAUGGAGGGCAGUUGAAACAGUUAAAACUGAAUAUUUCCAAAUGUGAUGAGAAAUUCACCAACAAGGGCUACCUUUACUGUGCAACUCUCUUAACAGUUUCAAAUUGUGCAAUGUUAAUGUAAAAUCUUUUUCUAUAAAAGUCUUGUGCAGUUUAAAUCCUUUACCUCUGCUACACUAGGAUCCAUUUUGCCUUGGACUUCGGAGUAUGUUCAAUUGAUGGAAUGGCCAACUUGUAUUGGGAUGUACAGCGACAUGUUCACUCCUGGCUGUUCCAUUAUGGCCACACACACCCUUGUCUCUGUGACUGGGGUCAGAAUACUCUGCGCAAGUCCAAGGUUUAUUUUUUCGAACACGCUUUUAGGCAAGAAUAAUAUCACCAUGGCAACCAAGUGUUGUGGUGUGUAGCUGCUGUUUUGUCUCCCCCAAUACUAUGCACGGAAAACUUUUUGACGAAUCGAGUGUUGGAGUUUUAUCUUGAUAUGUUUUCAGUCUUUCUUCAUGUUAAUUUUAGAUUGUGACAGAAUAGAUGCAAUUUGACAGUCGGUUUUGGCGAUUAGGGGACAUGUAAUGCAGCCCAGCAAUACUUGCAGUGGCUUUAUAUUUGUCAAUCACGUCACUUCAACAUUCCAUUGUCCAAGGUUAAAGUGAAUUUCGCACAGGCAACACAGCAGCCCUCCAUUUGCUGUUCCGUAUUUAGACGACAAAAAGGCUCAGCUGAACAUCAGACCCACAGGCCUCUUGUUCAUAAUGUAAACACAACUUCUAGUGCCAUUUAAAACUUUAAACAGAACUCGAGGAUUUAAAGCAUUAUCCCCUCUUUGCCAAAGCUGACAUUGUAGUCCCAGUUUUCGGAAAAUGCUCUGCAGUGAUUUUGUCGUUUUGAAAUUGUUGCGGCACUUUUUCUGUGAGACUUUCUCUCCUAAUCACCAGUCUGUUUGUCAGUAAAGAUUAAGGACAGUUGCACACUGAUUGGGAUUUCCUUUAAACAACAAUUGUAAUUAACCAUUUAAUGAAAUAAACAGACUUUUAGAUGUUAA